AUGGCAUACAAAACCCCAAUAGGCACAACUCCAUAUCGUCUUGUGUAUGGAAAAUCUUGUCAUCUACCGGUGGAGCUUGAACACCGAACUCAAUGGGCAAUCAAGAAGAUUAACUUCGACUUGGCUAGCGCGGGAGAGCAAAGAUGGCUUGAUUUACAUGAGCUUGAAGUGCUAAGAUUGGAGGCCUAUGAGUGUGCUAGAAACUACAAAAAUCGCACCAAGGAUUGCCAUGACCGCAAUAUUGAAAAGAAAGCAUUUCUUAAAGGCGUUAAGGUACUCCUCUACAACUCUAAGAUGAAAUUGUUUCCCGGGAAACUUUUAUCAAGGUGGAGUGGUCCUUUUGUUGUCAAGGAAGUGUUUCCUCAUGGAGCCGUGGAAGUUUGGUAUUUGGACGGAAAAAUAUCCUUUAAGGUGAAUGGGCAUCGCCUCAAGCUUUACUACGAGGGUGCUCAUGUUGGUGUAAUAGAAUCAAUUCAAUGUAAUCUUACCUCCUGA